CGCCCCCGGCCCCCGGCCCGCCGCGUGUGGCGCGCGCGCGUGGCGGCCGCGGCGGGAUGUUUGUGGCGCGCAGCAUUGCCGCGGAUCACCGCGACCUCAUCCACGAUGUGUCCUUCGACUUCCACGGGCGCCGCAUGGCCACCUGCUCCAGCGACCAGAGCGUCAAGGUCUGGGACAAAAGUGAAAAUGGAGAUUGGCAUUGCACCGCCAGCUGGAAGACACAUAGUGGAUCUGUGUGGCGUGUGACAUGGGCCCAUCCGGAAUUUGGGCAGGUCCUGGCUUCCUGCUCAUUUGAUAGAACAGCAGCUGUAUGGGAAGAAAUAGUGGGAGAGUCAAAUGAUAAACUCCGAGGCCAGAGUCACUGGGUCAAGAGGACCACUCUAGUAGACAGUAGGACAUCAGUUACAGAUGUGAAGUUUGCUCCCAAGCACAUGGGUCUUAUGUUAGCAACCUGUUCAGCAGAUGGAGUUGUAAGGAUUUAUGAAGCUCCAGAUGUGAUGAAUCUCAGUCAGUGGUCACUGCAACAUGAAAUCUCGUGUAAGCUCAGCUGCAGUUGUAUUUCUUGGAAUCCUUCAAGCUCUCGAGCACAUUCUCCAAUGAUAGCUGUAGGAAGUGAUGACAACAGUCCAAAUAUACUGGCUAAGGUUCAAAUUUAUGAAUACAAUGAAAACACCAGGAAAUAUGCAAAAGCAGAAGCUCUGAUGACAGUCACGGAUCCUGUGCAUGAUAUCGCCUUCGCUCCAAAUCUGGGAAGAUCCUUCCACAUCUUGGCUGUAGCAACCAAAGAUGUGCGAAUUUUCACACUAAAACCUCUAAGGAAAGAGGUGACUUCAUCAGGAGGAUUAACAAAGUUUGAAAUUCAUAUUGUGGCACAGUUUGAUAAUCACAACUCUCAGGUGUGGCGAGUGAGCUGGAAUAUUACAGGCACAGUGCUUGCCUCCUCUGGUGAUGAUGGCUGUGUUAGGCUCUGGAAGGCUAAUUACAUGGACAACUGGAAGUGUACUGGUAUACUGAAAGGUAACGGGAGUCCAGUGAAUGGUAGUUCUCAGCAGGGAAUUUUUAAUGCCUCUCUAGGUUCAGCCAAUACAAGUCUACAGAAUUCACUAAAUGGAUCAUCUGCCAGCAGGUAUUUCUUUCCCCCUCUGGAUUCCCCACGGGCUGGAUCAAGAUGGUCCAGUCAUGCCCAGCUCCUUCCUCCUCCUCCUCUGAUAGAGCAGUCUUGUGAUGCUGACACUGCCAACCUCCAGUAUCCUCACCCUCGCAGACGAUGUGUAUCUCGGCCUCUUAAUCUUUUACCUGAGAAUGAAGGGGUUGUUCCUGAUGAAGGAGGUUUUUUGAUUCAGGUGUCCAUUCUCCUAGCUCUGCAUUUGUGCAGUUGUGCCAUUGUGGAUGUGCAGCUGCAUAUUCCAGGUCUGUGCUGCAGACACAGGAACAUCACUGCUGUGGAUCAUGUUGGCACUGACUCAAACCGGUGCAAGACAGGCAGGAGGAUAAUGCUGGACAAAGAAAUCAUGGUAUUGCCCAGGAGUGGCAUUACUGUAUGGGAUGUGAUUGUUGAGAUUGUUGGGCAGAUCACAGGAGGAGGAAGGAAAGAGGAGGCCUCUGUGCACCAGAAACCUGAAGUACACCGGUGCCAUUAUCCGCUUCCCCACACCGGCCCCGGUUGGAGUCAGCGGGUGGCUCGAGCCCGUUCCCCGGGRAACGCCCGCCCUCUUUCCCGCCUAACGGACAGGCCGCGCCGGGGGGCGGGGCUAGGCGGUGCGCGCGCGUCUCGCCCAAUCAGCGUCCCCGCCGCUUCUCUCCAAACUUUCCCCGUCCCCGCCUCCCACCGCGGGCCGUGCCCGCCCAAUCGCCGGCUCCGCUGGGGGCUCCCCCAUUGGCUGCGCCGGAGCGAUCGGCAAAGUUCGGGAGGCGCGUGCCGCGCCGCUGCGCACGCGCCCCUGCCCCGCCUGGAGGCUGGGGGGGGGGUCGGUCCCGCGGCCGUUUCCGUCGCGCGCCGCGGGAGCGAGCGGUGCCCGCCCGGCCGCUGGGGGGCGCUGCGGCGGCGGCGCGGGGCGGAUCUCGCGUUUUGGCGGUCCGUCCGUCUUGUUCGCGGGCGCUCCCGCGCCUCCUGGGACUCUCGGGAAGGGCAGAGCCCAUCUSCCCCUCCUGUUUGGGGAAAAAGGGGAUCACCGGCGUCCAGCUGCUCCCUCGCCUCCGGCCUGCGCGGCGGGGCGCUGUCGGUGAGCAGCCCGAGCCUUCCCGCCGCGGCCCGUGGUCACAUAGGAUGCUGCCGGGCCGGGRCUGAUGGUGUUGCCGGGCCGAGUKCUGUUCCGGGCAGCCUGUGCAGGAUGAUGGAAGACUUCAGGAAUAUCGCCGACGAGACGUUCCCGAGCUUCUUGUGCCAUUCCUUGAACAGCAGCGCGAGUGUCGUCUUUGAGAAUGUCACUGUCUCCUCCAACCUGGGGUUACCUGUGGCGGCCUCCACUGUUGCCAGGAGCCAAGCGGGCGGUGACAACAGGCUUUCUAAUGAUUGUGCAUCCUAUUUAGAAGGGAAACAUUCACCUUUAUCAGGAUGUCCUCACAGCAGUCAGUCAGAUCCUGAGCCAAUGGAAAGAUUUGCCCUCUGCUUUCGUGAUGACAUGGAAACUGCUACACAAAUUGAAGAGCCUCAGCCAACUCAUGUUAGUUUGAAAGAAUCCCACACAAUAUAUGGAGAGCAAGCUCAGAAUAUCAUUGAGCAUUCAAAUCACAGUCAAGGUACCUUGCGUGAAGAUUUGCCAUGUGAGCGAUUGGAAGAUUUGCCAACUGGAAUAUAUUUUCUUGCAGACAUUAAGAACAGCAAGGUUGGUUCAUCUGAACCUUCUGAAAAGCUGAUAGAAGAUGGUAUGUCAAGUGCUCAUCUUAGCAAUAGCCUUUCAAGUUUUUUGGAGAACGAAAAACUCUCAUCUCUUCUAAGCUCAGAUGAAGAUGCCACUGAUGAUGAUAUUGAUGAUGAAGAAUUCUUUGAUAACCAACUAGAAGCCUAUUUUGAGCAGCUGAUGCAACCAGAAAUUAUAAGAGGAGACUCCAACCUGCAGAAACUCUCAGAAUGUUGUGCAGCACUGAAGCUUUCUGAAAAUGGCUUAUUACAACAGAACUUUCAGGAUUCUGCCAGUUAUGGGGCUGUGACAGGAGUAGACUCUGGAAAUGCUAGUGAUGAAGAUUCACAAAAUGAGGGGAUAACUGAUUGUCCUGUGCAAAGAGAAAUGCUGGGCAGAGCAGUACAGCAAAUGAAUUCUGUGACUGCUGGGGAUGUGCUGGAUUCCCACAGAGCUGCUGAGUUGCAAUUAGAUUCCCUGUAUCUCCGGUGCUUGGACAGCCAGAAAGCUGAUAUCACAGAUGUCCUGCCAAACCAAGAAGYAGAGUCCUCUGUCUGUCAGGCAGCUUCUUCUGAUCCAGAAAUGCAACACACAGGAAAAGGAUUUUUGGGACGUGACAYCACUCUUGAAGUUCUUAAUGCAAAUGCACCUCAGGCAGAUGCAACUGAAUGUAAAGCUGGUCUUCCUGAUACUUACCUGUCUCCAGCUGGGGGCAGCUGUGAGAACUUAAGUGUAGCUACAACAGACAAAGGUGAUUUACCACACAGUAUUGUCUAUCAAAAUGAAGAGGGCAAAUGGGUGACUGAUCUUGCAUAUUAUACUUCRUUUGAUAAAGAACAAGAUUUAAAUCUGUCUGAAGAUGAUAAAAUAAAUGAAGAGUUCAUUACUGGCUCUGAAGCAGCAGCUAUGAUUGCGCAAGACCAGGAAGAAUUUGAGAAAGCACACAGGCUUGUGCAGGCGGGAAAGGUCAACAGUCUAAAUGCAUCUGAAUUAGCAAAUACUUCAUGGAAAUCUACUAACAGCUCUAUUCUGCCAAGMACAUCUGAUCUUCAUAAAGAUGCCAGCUAUUUACGUUUGUCUUUGGGGGAGUUCUUUGGUCAGAGAUCCGAAGCUCUUGGUUGUCUUGGUGGAGGCGGUGAUGUGAAACGGCCAUCUUUUGGUUACUAUAUUACAUCUCCGAAGAAAAGGGAGCCUGUUGCUUUGCUAAGGCAAUCUGAUUCAUCAGGAGGUGACAUUGGCCAAGAGAUUUCAGAGUUGUCUGAGGUGUUUUCAGAUGACUUAGAAGCAGAAACAAAAGAGCAUGCAAAUUUUACCAUCUGUGAAGAUUCAGGGCAUAGGGUGGCUGCUGCUUCUGGAACACAUGAAAACAUUAAUACAGAAGCUGCUACAAAAAGUAAAGCAAAGGAUGGAAUUCAUAAAGACAAGGUUGAGGACAGCUUAUCUAAUCAUUCUGACUCUGUCUUGAGUAUCAGCACAAUUGCAACUGCUAUUGCUAAUGCUUCCACCAGUGCUGAACCUUCCCAGCUAGCUGCUAUGAUGAUGGCGCUCUCCAAUAAAAGGAAAAGAACACGCGUCCUUCCUGGAAUUGUUAAAGAGCCUGAACUCACUGCUAAUGAGGUAUUAUCCAGCAAUGAGGAAAAUAGUGCAUUUGAUAUGGAAAAAUACCUCAAAAAAACAGAUGAGAACAGACAUGAAAGUGAAUGUGAGAGUGUUGUGAAACACGAAACAUCUGUCCAAAACCUUACAUCUGAUACCUUUUUACUGGGUAAAGAUAAACAUAAGGAURCUCUUGCAGAAGACUUGAUGAAUAAUCAUAGCAAACAGCAAGGAAUACAGAAGCRAUUGCUGGAUUAUCUUAAUCAAGAAAGUGACAGUCAGAAUUUUUCUAGUCUCUCUGGUGUUCCCAACCAUGAMGAUGCAAUUGCAGAUACCGUUCAAUAUUCAGAAAAGUUGUCGGAUAUAGUAAAUAGUAAACAUUUACAGUCAAUGGGUGCUAAUGUUAGAUCAGAAAUUCUUAAUAGAAAUGAAAUCCACACAAGUGGAAUUCCCUUAGCAGCAAAAAUGGAAGUGGCGCAGAGAAGUCCAUUUGCUUACCAGAACAGCAAUCUUACUAGUACAUGUUGUAUAAGGGAAAGUGGAGAAACUGUAGGUCAAGCAACAAAUGCUGUUCCUGAACCAUGUAAUGAUUUGGUGGAGGGAAGUACAGGAAAUACUCGGUCCCUCAGCAACUUASCACCUACCGAGCAAUCUGGUAAAUAUGUCUCAGUAAGUCAUACAACAGCAAAGCCUAUGCAGAAAUUGAACAAUGAUGAGAGGAAGCAAAAUGCAAAAAUGGAGAAGAGAAACAAGGAUGCCAGUACUCCUUGUGGUGGGAAUGCAAAACAUGUAACUUUUGAGAAGCUCUCCGAAACUUCCCAGAAUAGUACCGAGCAUAAACCCGUCCUGCCUGAAUGUGACUUACAACCUCUGGAGGAUGAGCAAUAUAGCUUCAGACCUUCAACUUCACCUCUGAUUCACUCUUCUCCUAGUGAGACUUCUGGAACAGUGUUUUCAGGAUCUGAAAAGGACUUUACUUGCCCAUCCCAUUAUCAGGAAUCUCCUUGCAAAGAGAAUGUGCUACAUCCAUCAGUUUACUCGAGUCCAAGCAUGAGCAGAUUAACCUAUGUCUCUGCACCUGGCAGUACCCAUAAGAACACAGCAGUGAUACAUAAUACCGAGACAUACUGGGAUGAAAAUGCUAGUGAACUGAGCACAACAAUAAUUCGGGCCAGCCCAACUCCUCCACAGCAGCAUACAAAAGAAAAUCUAGAACACCACUCAUGUCAAAGAAAUAGAAAAGAAGCAGUACUUAAUGUUGACCAGAAACGAGAAGAAAAUGAGCUUCCUGGUGUUCAAAGAAAACUUGAUCAUGUAUUGGACCAACAGCAGGCCAAAGAAGGUUUUCUGAAGAACGAAAAGCAGCUUCCAUCUAUUCCUUCAAAUGUACUAAUAAAUGAUGAAGGGCUAGACCGCGUUAAAUCAGCUUUACCAAGUAAACUCUGCACCUUUCAGUCACUUUCUGUCAAUGCUGAUUCACAAGAAGUGUGUCAGGAUCAARCAAACAAAGCACAGAGACAAGGAUUACCAUCUCGGAAUAUAUUACCUGUUUAUACUGGAUUAAACACCUGUUUGCCAUGCAAUCAAAACUCAUCUGGUGAACAAUAUGUUCCUAUAUCAACUGUUAAAUCCCUCGUCACUACCUCUGAGAGUCGAGCAAUUUCUUCUUCUGUUCCCCCCUUGCUUACAGGGCAUUCUCUUGCAACAACUCCAUUUGCACAUCAUCUGGGAACUAUACAAUCUACUGGAAAUGCAGUUCUGUCUCAGUUUCAUGGCUGCAGCUCUGCAGGUUUUGGCCUUCCAGCAGGGCUUCCAUGUUCUGGUAUCCCAGCAGGACAUGUUGAGAAUCCACUUGUGGUAGGAAUUCCUUUAGGUCCAAAUAUUGGUCCUGGCUCUUUGGGUGCAACUUCACUUUAUAAUCCACACACUGCUUCAUGGAAUAGUAAUAUCUUAAAUAUAAAACAAUGUACUGGACAACCUCUUGUAGCUGGCAGAAGUGAGUGGGAGUUGUCAAAGUCACCUGGUAUUGGACAUAUAAAAGUACCAGAAGAACUGAAGUUCCCUAAUGCCUGUUGUGUGGGAAUUGCAUCACAGACGGUUCUUAGCAUUUAUAAUCCAACUGACCGGUGGUUGCAGGUCAGCAUUGGAAUACUCAGCAUUUCAGUUAAUGGGGAAAAGAUGGAUCCUAAGAAAUAUCAGUGUCUGGUUUUCAAGAACAAAACCAUCGUAGGAUCCUACUCUACGAACGACCUGAAAAUACUUUUCUUACCUUCCUGUUCGGGGAUCUUCCAGUGUAUCCUCAAUGUUUCAUCUUGGCCAGUUUCUGCAGAUGCCGAAACAAUUGUUCAGUCAGAAGCUUUGGCAAGCMGGGUAGUUCUGACAGCGGUUGCUGAAAAUCCCAAUUUAGAAGUGGAAGCUGGAAAAGGAGAUUGCCUGGAUUUUGGUGACUUGACUUCUGGCAGUUGGAAGGCUCUUCCCCUAAAACUUAUCAACAAAACUCAUGCUUUUGUACCAAUUAGAUUAAUAAUUAAUGCAAAUGCAGUAGCCUGGCGGUGCUUCACCUUUUCCAAGGAACCUGUUAAUGCUCCUGAUGAACAAAUGGAUGCARUUUCUCAGAUAGCAGCUCCAUCAGUUGUAAAUCAUGUGAUACAUGCAAGCUAUGAUGGGCAAGAUCCUGAAGCUUUGACAGUUUGGGUUCUUUUCCAUGCACCUAAGAAACAGAUUUCUUGUUCAGAUUCCUUGGGUGCAGCAGAUGAGUUCUUGGCAAGAGUGGAUGUGGAGGUGGAUAGUCCAGGACCUAGCACUGUCAUUAAAAGUAUUUCUCUCCGAGCGAGAGCUGGAACAGCAAGGAUACAUGCUCCAAAGGACUUACAGAAAAUACAUCUGUCUACUACUGUGGGUUCAACAGUCAAGCAGCGGCUGCCAUUGAAAAAUGCUGGAAACAUUAGGGUAUAUUUGAAAGCUAAGAUAUCAGAUCAGGACAGCUGCUUUUCUGUUGAACCUGAGAGCCUUUUCCUUUUUCCUGGAGAAGAACAAGUAGUGACUGUCCAGUUUUUUCCUAAAAAUGUAAUAACUACAGAAAGUACUUUGAAAAUUCUUGUGCUACCAUCUGGGCCUCAGUAUGAAGUGAUGAUAAAAGGUGAGGUGGAGUCUGAGAAAAAGAGACCUGUAUCUGCAGCUGCUGGAUACUCAGACAUUCCACCCAUCCUCUCCAACAAACAGUUCAUUGCCUGGGGAGCAGUAUCACUUGGGUCAUCAGUACAGAAGAAGUUAACUCUAAGAAAUGACUCUCCAUCUGUGACUCAGCAUUUAAGAUUGUUGAUAAGAGGCCAGGAUCAAGACUGCUUUCAGCUCCAAAGUAUAUUUGGAUCAGAAGAACGCUCAGCCAGUAAUUGGGAACUCAAAAUUCGUCCUAAAGAAGAUACUAACAUAUACCUCUUGUUUACACCUACUCGAAUAACUUGUUGCUUUGCAAAGCUGGAAAUCAAACAGCUGGGGAUUCGCUCACAGCCAGGAAUUAAGUUUACUAUACCCUUAUCUGGAUAUGGAGGAACAAGCAAUAUAACUUUAGAAAAUGUUAAGAAAUUGUCAGAUAGCUUCAUGGUUACACUGGAUGGAUCAUUGUCUGCAAGGUUACGGAAAGCUUCCUUCCACGUGAGAAACACAGGUUCUCGGGCUGCCUAUGUUAGAACACUGUGCUUGGCAAACCUGCAGACAAAAGCAGUGAUGGAUCCUCAGGUUAUGACUGUGUCUCCAGAGAAAUUUGUACUAAGAGAGGGAUCGCGUGAAGAGAUUACUAUAACAUGGAAUCCAAUGGAAAAGAACUUCCAUGCRACAAGCAUGUUGGUGUCAACAGUAUGUAUUUUUUGUGGAGAUGAAGUUUCUAGGCAGCAGUAUCGCAGAGCUAUGAUGUAUAAUCCUGAGGCAGAAAAACACAUAAUCCCUGAAAACAGCUUAUUGAGAAACGUUGUAUUUGAUGAAGAAUUUCAAGGGGAGCAGCUUGUGACAGAAGUAUGUGAUGUCCCACGAGGGACAAAUGAUAUCCAUCUUUUCUACACAAAUAUGCAAAAGGUUAUCCUUUCUGUGGUCGGRUAUUCCACUUGUGAUCAGGAUGGCUUUCAGCAGUCUCCUGGAYGCGGUUUGGAAUUGGACAGGUUUGAGAACUUUGUCAGGCAUACCACUGCAACGUUGGAUGUUCUUCCUGUUAAAGGACCUCAGGGUCCUUCAUUGUCUGCAAGAACUAAUGAUCUGGUUCAGAAUAAAUCAGAUGUCCAACAGUCUUGGGCUGUUACACCUGAGUUUUUGACUUUGACACCUCCUUCUAUUGAUGGAWCAGCAGAUACUAGACACGUACAAAUUGUCAACAAUUCCAACAGAAUGUUGACRUUUGAACUUUCAUGGCCAGCUCACUGCCUUACUAUAACCCCACAACAUGGAGCUGUUGAACCAGAGGGCAGUACAUUAAUUCUGGUGAGUCCUAAUCCAUCACUUGCCACAAGGCCUACAUUGAUUCCUUGGAGUGGCCUAAUCUAYAUCCAUUGUGAUAAUGGACUAAAGUUUAUUAAAGUGCUGAUUCAAGAGGCUGUCGCACAGCGUGUGUCUGGAGCAGACUUUCCRUGUGGAAGAUGUGAUAUAAUUACUCCAGAGUCUGAAAAUCCUACUGUUCAUGUGGCAAAGCCUCUCUCCAGGCUCCCUCUAACAAAAAUGGAGAUAAAGAACAGAAACAUUGUUUUUCCUCAAACAAGACCUGGUCAAAGCUCAGAGACUUACCUGGAAAUGGAGAAUAAAGGGAAUGAAAAUGUGAAGUGGAAUUUGUCAUCUUUUGCACCACCCUAUGUUAAAGAUGUGGAUGGAACUGGCUGUGUUUAUAGAGUUACUUACUCCGCUUUCAGAUUUUCCCGUGUUUCUGGUACUCUUGAAGCUCAUGGACAAGAGAAGGUUGCUGUAAUCUUUUUACCUAGAGAUAAAGGAGACUAUUCCCAGUUCUGGGACCUUGAGUGUCAUCCAGUUGAAAAUCCGAGCUGGAAACACAAAUUAAAAUUUCAACUUUCUGGAAAAAGUACUAAAACAGGAAACGAAACACCAAUUGGGAAAGCUUCUGCAAGUCCCYGUACAAAAACUGAGCUUCCAGUUACACCAGAAAUGAAGGUUUACUCUGAAGGACCCCCAGUAAGAAUAAGACCAAAAGAGAUAAUUCAAGGAGUAUAUGCACCAGAAGACCUCUAUGUUUUUCCUCCAACCAGAGUUGGAGAAACAUGCACAUUAAAGGUCAACUUGCGAAAUAAUUCCUUUACAACACACACGCUGAAAUUUGUAAGUCCCAGAGAGCCUUUCUACAUCAAGCACUUCAAAUACUCUCUAAGAUCCCAUCAUUACAUCAAUGUGCCAGUCCAGUUCAAGCCACAGUCAGAAGGAAUGUUUGAAGAUGUGUUCAUUGUGCUGACAGUCAAAUAUGGCCCAAUUAAUAUUCGGCUAUGUGGUAAAGCUAUUGCAAAAAAGUAGUCAGAACAAUUUUGUUACCRUUUAUAAGGAUUUAUAGCAGUUCAUACCAUUCAAAAUAUUUAAAGAUUUUCUACUACAUUUCCAUACUAAUGUCCUACUUGUUUUGCCCUGUGAUGCUGCUUUGAUGAAAAGUCUUCUGUAAGAUAAAUUAUGGUGCUUGUUUUACAAAUCUGUUUUGAUAGUAAAAACCUUGAGAAAUAACAUUGUAUGUUUUAAAGUUAUAAUUUUCUAAUUUAUGUUUCUGCACUUUUGAUGAAAAUGGAAGUUUUCUAUUUUUGCAUUUAUUKGAAAUAGCUAGAUAUUGGUAUAUUYUA